AUGGUUUCUCCCAAAUAUGUUAUCGACCCGAAGAAAGGUGGAGAGAAGGCUGGCGAUCGAACAGAUCCAUUUAGGUGGAUGAUUGAUGGUUUCUCAACUAUUGCAAAUCGAGGUGCUGAGACGUAUUCCUCCGGUACUUUCACAGCCUGUGGUUUUACCUGGGAGUUGCUACUGGAAUCAGUUUCAGAAGAAGAUGGUGAGAAAUAUGUCGGUCUUUACCUCUCACAUGAUAAUGCAGCUUCAAAAAAUUCAGUGAUCAAAGCAAUCUAUAAGCUCUUCAUAUAUGAUCAAUUACAUGCGGAGCACAUACAAAAGGAAGGCGAAGACUAUUUCCAUAGCAAGUCCCAUGAUGGUUUUUGUUGUAAAGUUGCAUUGAACAAGUUCAACAAUUCAAAAUCUGGUCUACUUGUCAACGAUUGUUGCAUCUUUGGAGCUGAAGUCUUGGAGGCUUUUGCAUGCAAAUUAGACAAAGAAGGAAUCAGCGUCUACAACUGGAGAAUCUCGCUCUAUCCAAACUUACACACAUACGAAGACUCCCUUGCUUUUUUCUUGGAGAUGGACAAUGCUGCUAGUCUUUCUUCCAAGACUAGUGUCUAUGUGGAUUUUAGCCUUUGCUUGUUGGAUCAACACAAUGCCAAGAACUUGAAGUUUACAGCGAAACAUUUGUUCUCGACAAAGAGUGACAGUUGGGGAUGGCACAAGUUCUUAAGCUGGAACGAUGUAAAAGAUCCAUUAAGAGGAUUUCUUCUCAACGACACAUGCAUCAUUGAAGCAUCUAUUGUGAUUCUUGGAGUAGACACCAUUGCUUGA